AUGUUUUCUUGCAUGAACUUCACAGGCGAAUGCACAUUUUGCUACAGAAACACCGAAGACGAGCCGAUUUUGUACUGCAGCUGCGGAACGGAAAUGUGCAGCUCUCACUCAGACAUGCACCACCACCCGGGUCAUGCUGUAAUAUCGGUUUCUGUGGCAGGGAGCAUGCCUGAUAUAUCAAUAGAAAUAGAAGAUUUCGGGAACACGGUUGAUAAGGACCUAAUAAUAAGCCAAGUGCGGCAGGCCCUUCUUUCCCCGAAAAUAGAGGGCGGAGAGCUGCAAAAGUGCGAGCACGUGUCCUACGAAGACGCGCUUGCAGUAGACACUAGCGUGUGCAGCGAGUGCGAAAUCGACAGCAAUACCUGGCUCUGCACAAAGUGCAACGUUUUGUUCUGUGGGAGAGAGCAGUACGGCGUGGAGGGCAAGGGCCACGGAAUGAAACACUACAGCGAAAAUGCCGAGCACUGCGUGUUUGUGAAGGUCCAGAGCAUCGACGAUGUCCGAAAAACAUGCGAUGCAUACUGCUACAAGUGCGACAGCAUGGUGUCAAAUGGCUUGUAUGGAAAAAUAAAAAGCACGCUGCCAAAAAAAGACAGCCCCGCACUGAACACUCUGGAGGUGUCCAAAAGAAUGAACACAAAAGUGGAAAAUUUGCACCUGGGCUCGGAGACUGCAUUAAUACCGUACACGGUUGUGUGGAAAACAGGCGGCAUGACUGACCUGGGAAACACAUGCUAUAUAUCGUCUGUUCUGCAGUCAAUUGCAUACUGCCUCAGGGAGAACAUGCACAGGCUAGAUCCUGUGUACGAGACAAACUGCGAGGGCCCAAAGGACUGCUUUGGAUGCCAGUUUGCAAAGGUGAUUCGGCAGAUAGACGCCUCGCAUAGGCAGAAGGUGGAGAGCUUCUCCGUGGAGAGGCUGUGCACUAUUGUGCAGAGCGUAUAUCCGCGGUAUGUUCUGGGGACGCAGCAAGACGCGUCAGAGUACUUCACAGACCUUGUUGAGCUGAUAGGAAACUACGACGAAAUGGGGCACUUCAGCGAUGUGUCGGGGGUUUUCAAAAUUAAACAGGAUAUGCUGAUUGUGUGCGAUUCGUGCGGGAUGUCAAAGAAGCAGGGCGAGUCUGCGCCAAUAGUGUACAUUGGGUCAGAGCAGACAAUAGACAGCCUGUUCAUGGAGGAAGACUUGCCUGUCACGUGCAGCUGCGGGGAGAAAAAGAAAAAAAGAGCCAAUAUAGUGGAGCCUCCUGCGGUCUUUUCCGUCGGGAUAAAGAGAGGGCUGACAGAAGGCGAAGGCGCGCGCGCCCCGCUGGAGAGCAGAUUUACGGUGAAGGACUUCCAAAAGAAGGAGCGGGUGUACAGGCUUCUGGCUGCAAUUGUGCACAGAGGGACUGCUCAUGCAGGGCACUACAUUGCGCAGAUCCCCUUGGAGGAGUGCGCUUCCGAUUUAAAGGGCCGGGUGUACAGUGAGUAUCAGAAAUGCGCAGAGGCAUCGCAGAAGACGCUAAGCGAGGAUGAGAAGGCCGGCAAAAAGAAAAUCGUAUCUAAAAAGAACGCAUGUGUGAUUUACGACAACGAAAAAACGGGAGUGGACGCUCUUUUUGUAGAAGACACAACUGUGCUUUUCUAUAGGCUGUGCAGUGAAUAA